AUGUUUAUUUCACGAAAGUAUUUUUGCUCUAUAACUCAAACAUCAAGUCAAGGAUCGUGGAACAUAAAGUACGGUAACAUCACUACGGUAAUAUCGUUUGGACCAUUACAGCAACGUCGCCACGGUUUGGGCUGUUACAGUAACACUACCAGCAUGGGACUACCAUACACCCGACUCUAUGAGCUUGGUCCCCGGCUUACAUUGGAACUGACGAAAAUCGAAGAAGGUGUUGAUGAGGGUGAAGUUCUUUAUCACGCUUAUAUCUCGAAAACUGUCAAAGAGCUUGUUCGACUGCGAAAGGAAUUGCCGAAGAAAAAGUUAGCAUUCUUAUUUUUUGACGUAAUAGCAUUUUUAUUUCCUCACAUUUUUCAGGAAGUAUUCAAACUAAAUGCAGGGUGA